GUGCAUUGCUUGAGGGCCACGAGUCACAUGUGGUUUGUAUUCUUUCGAGUGUUGGAAAAUGGUUUGAAGGCCUGUGGCACCUGAGCAAAAAUUUGCCCAUUUUUUUCGGGAGUAUUGUGAGUUAAGGGAGGAAAAGAGAUUUAUUAGAUCGAACUGAACUAACAAUGAGACCUGAUUUAUAUGAGAAUUGAAUCAUUCCGUCUCGAAAUACCAAUGACUUGAGAAAUGUUUUGUUUCACUGUUUGGGGACGAAUUAAAUAUUUCUUGUUUGAUACUGUUGAUAAACUGUGAACACCAUCAAUGGAUUUGCGAGUUGAAUCCAACAAUCAAGAGGUCGACCGAGUGAUCGAUCUCGUGUUAUCGAAAGGAAAGAUUUACGUCUGGAGCGCUGAGGAUUGGCUAACCCUCAGACAGAAUUAUCGAAUAAUCGGAAACUUAGUGGGUUGUCUCUCCAAAGUCCCCAGACAGGAAGUCCUCCUGGGUUUGCCUGUUCUCCUUCUCCCAGAAGAAGCUAAUCUCCUCUUGGAGAAGAAAAUCGCCCGACUGGUGACUUAUUCCUGCAUACAGCAAGAGCCCAAUGAAGCCGUGGUGAGCAAGUGGCAGGAGUAUCGAGAAAAACUAUUCCGGGAGCAGAACGAGUGCCUCAAGAAGGAGCGAAUCAAAAUGAUUGAACUCCAAAUGGACAAAAUCAUCGAAGGCAAGAGGAGGAAGUUGUAUGGACUGGACACAUCAAAGAAGAAAAUGAAAAAAGCUUUGGAUAAAGACACAUCUGAGGCAAUUAAAAAAAUUGAUAUGAAUAGAGACGAACUAUUCGCUCAGGAGGUGGGGAAAAUAAAAGAUUUGGCGCCGUCAGAACAGAUUGUUCAGACACACACAGCCUAUCCCUGGUCAGCACCUGAAGAAAUCCCCCCAUCUGAAUGGAAAUAUCCCCUGACCCCAGAGGAUAAAUUCAGGUGUAGAGUAUUCACAGAUCUGUGGUCCAAGGGACUGUACGUAACUGGUGGUGAAAAAUUCGGUGGAGACUUUCUCGUAUAUGCAGGCGAUCCCCUGUUGUUUCACUCGCAAUUCGUUGUUCACUGCAGGAAAAGGGACGAAGAAAUAGCCAUUCUUGAUUUGACCGGGCAUUGUCGUCUCUCCACUACUGUCAGGAAGACCUGUGUUCUCGCUUAUUUAUCCGAAGACGAGGAGAAUAUUGAAUACCAAUCGUUCUUCUGGGAGAACGCAGUUGCUAAUCCAUUUUAAUUUAAACAAAUCCCAAAAUUUAUUCACGAUAUAUGUUGACUGAUUGAUUUGAUAAUGUAUACUGUAUAAAUUGUGUGGUGGAAAUAUGAAGCGAGAAAAAAUUUGGAAUUUUGAUGACUUCAAUUGUAUUUAGAUCCU